UUUAAGCAUUUGCCUUCGUCUUUUAUCGUUCAACGUCAAAAACGUUUCCUCUCAACUCCCGAAAAUCAGAAGCCAACUCUACUCUCUCUCGCAAUCCUCGAUAGCAACGGCUGUCCAUUGAACUAGAAUCAAACACAGUCAUCGAUAGCUAUAAAUAUACAGGCCUUAUCCAGGAUUUGCUUCUUUUCCUGUUUCAUCUUUCGGAAGAUCUCGCUCCUUUAUCCAUUGUCGCUCGACUUCGUAUUGCAGUUUCAGAGAUUUGGACGAGAUUUGUGGAGACAAUUUGGAACGGGUUUCUAGGGCUUGGAGCUUUUUUGGUCAACUCGAGGCUCAUCUCUUAACAGAAUGGCCGCGUAUGCGGCUUGCACGCGUGCGGGACGAUUUCGGACCAAUUCGGGAACAAACUUAACCAGAUUUAGAGGAUUUGGUGCUCCAAGCGUGGUGUCUCCACUGAAUUCGGCCUCACCUGAUUCCUCUACUGGUCUAUCCGCUUCUUUGAUUUCUGUUUUUCCAUAUAGACAGUUUGAUAUUAGAUAUAUUUCUCAGCUCUCCAAAUCCAGUCGGCAGCGGUUAUUUCUCGUGGAUACUUUAGCCCUGGUUAGGAGAUUGGAGGCACAAGGCGUGCCCGCUAAUCAAGCCGAAGCAAUAACAGUGGCAAUCACAGAAGUCUUGAAUGAUAGUUUGGAAAAUGUUUCACAAUCUGUUGUUUCAAAGGGAGAGAUGCAGAAGAUUGAAAUGACUCAAGAAUCCAAUUUGGCCAAAUUCAAAAGUGAAGUGCAAAGCUCCCAGGAACAUCAUUUUUCUUUGUUGCAACAUGAGACUGAAAAACUGCGAAAUGAUAUAGACAAGAUGCGCAGUGAACUGAGGUACGAAAUUGACAAAGUCACUGCCGGGCAACGGUUGGAUUUGAAUCUAGAAAGAGGGAGGAUACGUGAUGAGCUAGCAAACCAGAAUACUGAAACCUCUAACCUUACUAACAAACUUGAUCGGGAAAUUCAUGCUUUAAGAGCUCAUUUGGAAGCGGCAAAAUAUGAUGUGAUAAAGUACUGCAUAGGUACUCUUGUUUCAAUAUCUGCUGUUGGUCUUGCUGUACUCCGCAUCUUGAUGUGAACAAGUGGGUUUGCAAUUUUAGACGUCAUAACCCAAAAGAGAACAAGUUUUAUCAUUCUUUCGUUGGCUGUUGUUUGUUCAAAAUAUGUGUUUACACAUUUGCAAUGAACACAAGGGAAAAAAUUGUAGACAACAAAAACUGAAAUUAAGAUGUAAUAGAUUUACUUAUAUUUCAAAAAGAAAAAAGAUGUAAUAGACUUGCUCACUGAACUAGUGAUUUGUAUCUUCAAUGAACACCCUUUUUCUGUCA